AUGGCUUUAAAAAAACUUCGAAUGUUGUCAGGUCUCUGUUCAAGGGUACCGCUGACAACGUCAGAAAGCGAAUCGAACUACAAUUCUUCUUCCUCCUCCUCCACAUCAUCCACCAUCCUGCAACUCUCAGUUGCAGAUUCCGUGCCACUGGUGCUGCCACAACCCGAGAAACCGCCCCCACAAACUCACCAUGGCGGGGUCGAGAAUUUAAGUCUGCUCGCCCACCUACGGCGUCUCGUCUUGGGCUCGUCCACCUUUCAAUUUCGACGCCUUCAAGACGCGGAUUUGGAGGAGGACGCACACACUGUUGUGACUUACAUAUCGUUGGGUGCUUCCACACCGCUUCAGCAACGUCACGCUGACUCCACUCCCACUGGUGGUAAUGCGGAUGGUAGUCAAGCCGUGCCACUACGUCAAAAAUCGCUGAAAAAGCGACACGUCACCUGGAAAGAUCUUGAAGCAGAAGUCUCAAUCGAGAAGGGGGUGCCCAACCGUCACUCACUCUAUCUUCCCUCCCUGGAGGAGAUGAAAGUUGAGGAGAAGAAAGUCCGACGACGUCACAGCUAUACAGGAGAAAAUGGGGAGGAGAACAGUAUCACUUUUACAUCACCAGUAGUGGUACCACUGCCACCGCCACCGCCACCGCCGCCGCCGCCGCCGCCGCCGCCACCAGGAUACAAUGAGGGUGUUGACUUGGAUGAGAAAAAGGCCCGCUACAAAUUACAGUUGCGCCACUUUAAGCGUCGUCGUCGGUACAGUGAUUGGUUCUUCACCCUCUACGAAUUUGACAAACCCACAAAUCCCGAGGAGUCCCUAGCUCUGGACAGUCAUCUCUUCGAGACCAUACUGUCCCGUCUACAUGGCAUCUACGCCUUAUCACUAAACAGUGUAUUUGACCCCAACAGCAACCAGAAACCUGCCCGCCUCUGCUUCGAACGCCUUCCUAAACUUCCCACUGUCAGACGUCACCAACAGCGGCAACACCGACGACGACGGUGUGACAGUCGCUUUGCGAACAACUCCUCCUCCAGUUGCGUCUCCUGUAUCUCCUUCGGCAUGUUCGACAGUACCUCGCCGCAUAACCCAGGCCAGCUUUUCUGCCCCGAGCGCGAAGUGGGGUGUGGCGGACCAGGUCGCUCCUUCUAUUGUCAAGGUUGUGGACGCAACAUGACGGGCGGUUCUAGUCUAGUCAGUGUGGCAGGAAGUGCGGACUCUAGUCAGCGACCCGAGAUCUGCUACUCCAUGACUCGAUCAGUCGAGUUCUACCGAUUCACGAGGACAAUUCAAUGGCAAAAGCCUCAUCAAAAUCAACCGCCAGAAUGCAGACUUCGUCACCGCGCUUCACUUGGUCAGCAUCAUUCAACGCCUCAGUCGACGCGGCAGUGGGUGUGUCGGGCGCCUAAACGCUCCCGUCGUCGUUCCAAUGCUCGCCGACAUCCCCGGGAGGCUGUCUCAGUGCCGCCAUCGCAGCCCACGGCACAGCCAGCACCGACACAAUCACAACAGCCGCGACGGAGUUCGGCAAAGGAGAAACACAAAAAGGUGCGACGGGUAAUGCACAAAAGGAUGAGUCAGCAGCGCGUUGCUGAUUGGCUCGUUGCUACGCAUGGAGGUCAAGUUGACGACUGUACCGCUCCGCUCAUUGUCUUCUAA